AUGGACACCAUCAAGAGCGCCGCCAACUACGUUUCCGAGUCUAUCCAAGGCACCGGAGCCGAGGCAUCCAAGGAAGCCAACAAGCAGGUCGCUAAGGAUAACGACGCCAAGCUGACCACCCGUGCGACCGCUGCUAAGGACGCUUUGGUCGAUAAGAAGGACGAGCAUGCUCAUGAUGUCAAGGCCGAUGUUUACAAGGAGCAGGUUAAGCACUAA